UCGUGUUUACUCUCAACCAGGGGGUUGCUUGUUGUUUUGAGCCAAAAUGCUCGACCUCGAGUCUCCGGAGGUGUCCGUGUCGGACAGGAACAACCUCUUUGGCUCCAAGUUGUCGGUCAGUGACAGUUUUGACGAGGACGAGAACAGCGAGGAUGGCGAUGACGAGGUUUUCAUCCAGAACGGAAAGCACGCCAGACCCAAAAAAGGCACUGAAACUGGCAUUAAUAGGCCAUUGAUGCCUCCACGCAGGAAGGUCCACAAAUCUACACCGUUUGAAUCAAAUAUUCACAGAAGAGCGCUCAUUAGAGCAUUGAAAGGUCCCUGUUGCUUCACUCUUCUCUUCUUGACCAUUUUUAUAAUUGCUGUAGGCUCACUAUCCUUAUUUUUCAACUCUUUUCUAUCCGAGCACAAAUGGAAAGAGCAGAUUGCCGUGGAGCUUGUGGCUCCUAAAGAGUUUUCAAACCAAUUGGUGUGGAACUCGAGCUUCCAAGGGAUCAAUCCCAAAGGCACUCUUUACGCCGUCGACACCAACUCGGACGGCGUGGUUGAUAUUCUGAUGGCUUUUGAAGCAGCCAUAAGUCGCAGCGACGAUCCGGGUUUUGUGUGCGCCAUGUACUACCAAGGGCAGUACCCCUGUUAUGGUGGAGUUUUGGCAGUGGAUGGUGUGAGCGGGCAGGAACUUUGGCGCCACUGGACGGAAGGCGCCGUUUUGAGCCUCGACUGCUCUACCGACCUUACUAAAGACGGCGUCAAUGAUUGUCUCACAUCUGGAAAUUCUGGAUUCCUUCACGCCGUAAAUGGGCAUGACGGAAGCAUGAUUUGGAGUUUUCCGGCAGCAACCAACGCGCAAAUAUCUGAAAAUGACCUCUUCAGCCCGCGUUUUAUUCCCGACGUUAAUGACGAUGGCAAACAGGAUUUGGUUCUGGGCUACAACAGUGCUUCCAGUGUUUGCGGCCACUCAAGCCGCUACCCCCAGGGACAUCUUCUGCUCUUAAGCGGCGCAACAGGCGAGAUUUUGCAGUGCACAGAAACCAUCCGUCACGCCAAUAUCACAUCACCGCCAACACUGUUGGUCAUGCCCGAAGGAAGUGUGCAUUUAAUUAUCUCUUUGUCCACUCGAGAUGAGUCCUCCCUUGUGCUCAUACCCCUUCACCCUCAACAAGGGAUUUUAACUGACAUGAUAAAGGCGCUACCUGCUAAUGGGAAAAUCCAGUCUACUCCACCACUCUUGAUAGACUUGAAUAGUGAUGGGUCUGCAGAUAUUGUGGUUGCAGCGGGAAAUGAAUUGAUUGCAAUUGAUGGCAAAAGUUUGAAGAAAAUUUGGACUUAUCAAAAGUCGUCGGAUUACUAUAUUGAGGGCAUAAUCCAAGGAGGCUACUUCUCUAAUGACACUACUGCAGAUAUUGUUGUAAAAUUUUCCUGUCUCAACAAAAAUCUCCAGGAAAUUGACGUCGUGGAUGGCACAACAGGCAGCCUGUUAUCAUCUACACCAAUUAAGGCUACUGACGGAAUUAAUCUUCAAAUUGUUAGUGUAGAAGGAUUCGGAAAUGAUUUCUAUCUCUUUUGGACUUUACCUUGCAAAUUUGGUCAUGACGGACAAUCAGAUUGCACUAAUAAAGAUAACACAAGUGAAUUAGUUGAACUUCGAGCUCAAGUACCUUUGAAAAACUUAUCGUUUACUUUUUUCAAUCAGAAAAUGCCAAACGAAAAUUUAGACGAAGACUGGCAGAUGGCCACAAACUACCUCAGUAGUCACCCUGAUUUUUGGGACCAGUAUGUGAACCUAAUCUGCGCGGCCGAGAACAGCGCUGAAGAGGCUUUGAGCGCCCAACAACCAGAAACGAUAGAAACUGUGGGAUAUGAAAACCUGCCUCACAGUGUACGGAAGCAUGGUCAGCUGCCAGGGGCAGAGCAACCAUUAUACUCGGACUAUGAUUUUGGAAAUAAGGAAAGCAGCAAUUUUGGCCAAAGUGCUUACGAAGAACUACGACCCAGAAGAGCAAUUGACAAAAUUUCCGUAUCUGCUGAUAUUCCUGUCUUGGCUUCCAGAGCCAUAAUAUUACCACGUAUUAAACAAUUUGAAGAAGGCCUGGAUUUUGUGUACACAGUUUCGCAGCCCUCGAUUGAUGACUCAGUUACAAAGGUUUAUCAGAAAUGUCUAUUCAACAAAAUAUCUCAUCUACGAAUAAAUAGAAAACGUAUUAUGAUGUCUAGUUGCCAGCAACAGGCAAAAGAACUAGCCCUUGAUUGCUGGAAAGAAGCAACUCAGAUGACCCUGACGCCAAGACCCUUUGGGGCAGCCAGAAUUUUUACCUCCACAGUAUUCAGACAAACAAUUCGGCUCAAAUGCGGAGACCAAAAUUUGAAAGAUGGGCAGCGGUGUGCAGGAAUUCUUCCAUGGAACAUGCAAAGUUUGCCAAGAAUUCCAGGACUGUACACUGUCUUUUUUACUAGGAAGGUUUAGGUCAAUCCAGUAGAAAACCCCAGCACAGAAAAUGCUAAACUCAAAACGUUUCAUGCAUACACUUUUUUAAUUGUGCAAUCCAAGUUGAUUUAAUACGUGUAUUGUUACAAAUUCCACAACAGGAAAAUAAAAAUGUUCCAAGAUUUUGUAAAAAUUAUAUAUUUAAACUAAUUGUUUUCAUACAUUUUAUUAUUUUUUUUUUAAUGAAACUUACAAAAUUAAUUUACAGCACAAUCUCAAGAGUAUUUUCCUACAAAUAAAAUGUCCAGCCAGCCAUCAAAAACGCAUUUUCAAUCACAUUCUAUAUCCCUGCAGAUACACAUGAAUUAGUUAAUAAACAUCAUACAUACUACAAAAUAUAUUUUA